UUUUCUUUAUUACGAUACGAUGUGGCGUGUAUCAGAUUGAAAUCAUACCGUUUUGGUAUAACCUACGGCCUUUGCUUGACCCCUGUAUUUGGUUUGACCUUAACUAUUUGGAUAUUGGAAUCGAAAAAAGUGAAACUUACUUCAAAUUCAAGACUUUCCGGUUGAAAGAUGGCAGAGGCCGAGGCCGCUCAGGGCACCGCGGCCACCGUGCUGCCGCCGCGCAUGGCCGGUGGACCGCACGGGCUCGGCGACCCCGACGACCGCUCGCUGCGCCGCGUCGAGGUCGAGGUGCUCAUCCCAAAGAUCAUGCGCGACCUGGCGCGCAGCUCAAAGUGUGUUGAGGAGGCCGACACAUUCAGUCGCUGCUGUAACGAGAACGGCCUCACCAUGGUGUACAAGUGUCGGAAGGAGAACGAGGCACUACGCUCGUGUCUGACGCGCUGGUACGAGGACCCGGCGUUCCGACAGGAGUGCACCGACAUCUACCUGGACGAGCGCUCCGCCUACCGCGCCACCGGACUCAAGGCCAAGCUGCGCCGCAAGGGCUCGGACAUGUUCUGAGCGUGCGGGACCAGGGAGGGCGGGCAGGCCGCACUGUGGAUUAUUCAUGCUGAGAGGCGGGCCGAACUGUUAGAGUGAUCAGUGGUUGAUGCGAUACCUUUGUGACUGACUGGAUUGGGCAAUUUUCAGCCCCUGUGAGUCGUGAGAGGAUGUUCAUGCAAUGGACUUAUUUGUUAAUAUACUGAGUUGUGAAUA